AUGCGUCCCAUUUCGCGCUUCCAGCCUGCCACGGUAUAUGAGGAUGUGCCAUACGAUGGAGCAAUUCGCAACGUCUUGACACCCUCAGUGCCGGCCAUCAUUGUUACGGCCCCGGAACCUUCGGAUGAGUAUUUGCUGCACCAGGUGCAGUUCGGCUCGGCUCAUCUCGCGGCCGGACGUGAUGAGUUUUCUGGAGGCAACGCCAUGAUUGACCCACAGCUCAUGCAGCUCGAGUCCCAAGCUCUUCUUACCGCCACAGUCAAUAACGAGACCAGAUUGUCCUAUACUGAAGACCAAGUUCGUGGCGCCCAAGAACAUGCUGACGAUGACAUGGGAAGCCAUUCCAUGCAAACAUGCCCACUUGCUGUUUCUGAAAGUGACUAUGCUUCUGAAAGCGAUGUGGCCGCCCAAACCGUGGCCGAGUCGCCGCAUCCAAUGGCACCUGAUUUGGAUAGUUCCGGCCACGUUCUGUCCAAGUUUUGUCUUCCGGAGGUAAUUGACUUAACCACAUCUGAUGAUUCCGAGCCUUGGUCGGCUCCGAGAAGUCAAGUGAUUCUUGCUCAAAAUGAGCACAAGGACGGCAAACAACACUUCUUGUCUGGAACAGUUACACGUGCGAACACCACAGGUUUGGAUUCGGAUAUGGGCAGAGAAGCCUCUAAGGCCCGCAGAAACAACCUUUUUGUGCAAGGCACAGCCAGUCUUCCUGUAAGACCAUCCACUCACGGAAACCCGCGCUUGGCGAGCGGGUACCAGCCUCCCCGUCAGCAGCUUUUGGAUGACAGCGAGAGGCAGGAUCCGACAUUUGAUCCCAACCGCCCAUCGAAGCACGCGGUAAGCACCCCCUCGAGCUCAAUGGAGAAGAGACGGCACCUUGAUUUAGAUGGCAGCGCUGCUGGUGACGGCUAUAAUGGUAAGAGUAAUCAUCUGAAAGGCGGAGAGACCACAGCAAGCGUUGGACUCAGUGGUGUUUCUGAGAGCCCGUUCCGAGAUGAAGCCGGGACAGACUAUACUGCCAGCAACAAUUUCCAGAAUUGUUGCAACGGCGGACCAAGUUCAAACUUCGAGUCCCCGGAGGCUUCUGCUGAUCGUCAGUACCAUGACGAGCGCAUCAAAAAUUUCCGGUUUGGCAGCGGUCUUUACGGCAUCGUCAACUACAACAUGUGUCCUAGAUUUGGCCAAAAUUGUGUCCACGGAGAGCCGCUGCUAGGUAUGUCCAACUAUUUCCGUAACACCGAGGCAAAUGUCGAGGAAUGUGCGGAAAACGGCCACGUUCUGCUCGCUCCCAUUUUAACUCCACGCCAAGCGGCCAUGCAACCAGUUCCGACAGUCUCCCUUGCUCAAUCCUACUGGGAACACACAUCUGAAUAUGGGCAAGGUCAGCACCACAGCCUACCGCUUGUUUCACCGUCCACGGGCGUACCGCACCCUACGUUCGAACCGGGCGACUUCUUGCGGAUGCGUCAGGAAGAGCAAGCGAAGAAACAGCUUGUUGAAGCACAGGUUCAAGCACAGCAAUCAACCUUGAGGAAGGCCGAAACUGAGUCCCAGGCUCGGAAGCUAGAACAGGCUCAAGUCCCGGCACUUGCCCUUGAACAGCAGCUGGCACAGGCCGAGCAGCUUCGCCAGACACAACAGCUACCCCAAGAGGAGCAGAUCCGUCAGAUGCAGCAAAGUGCUGCGGCGCAGCAAGUCUCUCACUCAGCGACCGGCUACGGCUAUGCACCAAGGGCAAUCAAGCACCACAACUCGUCAGCAACCAUCUGUGACCCAUCCACAAUUGUCAGCUACGGCUGA